AUGGCGUAUCAAGGUGCCUCAGUCUGGCGUUUAAGCGUGACUUUGAGCCUCUUCUUGACUGCAGGGGCACUCAAUCUGAGCUCAUUCGCUGGGCAGGCGAAGAAUAGGCUACUCAUGGAGAACGUCGCCGGCCAGGAAUACACGCCGCAGGCUAGAGAGAUGCUCAUCGAGGCGAACGAAGGUCCACCCGACUACACAUGCACCGCAACGAAGCCGUGUGAUCUUGGAUGUUGCGGACCUCUCGAUGACACCGGCACCGGUGCUUGUGGCUUUGGCCCUGUCUUUUGCGGCCCUGAAUGCACGAGCGACUGUGAAGGCAAGUCCGAGUGUGAUGGCGAUAAGUGGGGUUCUCAGUAUGCGAACCUGACUAAAUGCCCGCUCAACGUCUGCUGUAGCAAGCAUGGCUUCUGCGGCACGACAGUUGACUUCUGUGGUCCCAAUCCUGUCCCGCAUCCUCAAUGUGAUCUUUCACAGCGCACCGCCGACGCGCGCACUAUCGGGUACUACGAGGGUUGGAACUAUCAGCGUCCUUGCGGUAACAUGGAGCCUGAGGACAUUCCCCUAGGCUACUGGACACACAUCAACUUCGCCUUCGCCCUUAUCAACCCUGACACAUUUGGAAUCGAAGACAUGGACCCCGGCACCGGUUCGCGCUAUAGUCGCGUCGCGGGUCUCAAGGAAAGGCAGCCUGAUCUCAAGAUCUGGAUCGCUGUCGGAGGAUGGGCUAUGAACGAUCCCGGUCCAUACCGCACCGCGUUUUCCGACAUGGCCGCCAGCGAGGCAAAGCAAGACAAGUUCUUUGACUCGCUAUUGACCUUCAUGAGGCGAUAUGACCUAGAUGGUGUUGAUUUGGAUUGGGAAUAUCCUGUGGCAGAAGACCGAGGUGGCAUACCUGCCGACUUCGAUAACUAUGUCAACCUUCUACGAAGACUUCGUGAGCGCUUGAACUCGUCCGGUAAAGCAUACGGCAUUAGCUUAACCCUCCCCGCCUCUUACUGGUAUCUCCGCGGCUUCAAUCUCCAAGGAAUGGAGCCCUAUCUCGACUGGUUCAACAUGAUGACGUACGACAUCCACGGCGUCUGGGAUGCCAGUAUCGACAGCCUCGGCCCCAUCGCCCAAGCCCAUACCAAUUUGACCGAGAUCAAGAUGGGACUUGAGCUUCUAUGGCGCAAUAACAUCAAUCCGGCGCGCGUUGUGCUUGGUCUUGGCUUCUAUGGCCGUAGUUUUACAAUGAAGGACCCGGGAUGCAUGGCGGCUGGCUGCGAGUUUUCUGAGGGCGCCAACGGCGGCGCGUGCACUGGCACCCCUGGUGUGCUGUCAGCGGCCGAAAUCAACGAGGUCAUCGCCAACGGUGCUAGUGUCACGCACGACGAGGCGGCCGCUGUUAAGAUCGUCACCUGGGACACAAACCAAUGGGUGUCAUUCGACGAUACGCAGACUCUGCGGUCCAAGAUCGAUUUUGCGCAUCAGCAUUGCCUGGGUGGUACCAUGGUCUGGGCCAUCGAUCUCGAUGACGGUACCCUUACUGAAGCUCUCGGUGAAAACAUCGCACGGCGCAAAGCACCCACGUACAAGCCUAUACAGUACUCUUCGUGCGGUGAGAGGGAAGAAUUGUAG